GGUUCAUAGAUCGACACUCAGCCACUGAGCCGCACUGGCUGGGCCCCACUUGCUUUUGUAAGAGGACUGAUCGGUCUUCAUUGGUGUGAGUGGAGGCAAGGAAGCUCUCAGCAUUAAUAUUUUCCAUAUCGUUCUGAAAGUUUGACUAGAAUGUGUGAUAAUAUAGGAAUCUCGAUGAUUAAUGUAAACUUUUCUUAAUACGUCCAUGCAGCAUGCGAUUUUUUACUGUGAACAGAUACAAAUACUGCAGUGUAUAAUUUGCAAUAGAGACGGUAACUUAGAAUUGAAAUGCCUACACGUACCAGUGGAUGUACUAGGUUCUUUCCGUCUGUUCCCCCACCAAGUGCCCUCGUUAUCCCAGUGAAACCAGGGGGCUGCCAGCAAACGCUUAAAGCUGGACAACCAAGUUGGAAGCAGAGAGGGCGCCUCCAGAAAGGAAUCUUGCAAACAAAGCUGGGACUGGGGCUGGUGGUGUGUGGUGUGACCUGCUCGGAGCACUUGUGUUGGGUGCUCUCUGGAGAGAAAGCUUUGAGGAAGGAAGACCUCCCAGGGGCCCAUGAAAUAAGCUGGGCGAGUGCUGACCGCCCCGGCCCUCUGGGAGCAGAACUAACCACUAGAGUGUCUGUAUCUUCCGAUAAGAGUAACUUUUUUCUCUGCUUUAAUUUGAAAAGGUGGCAGCCUCCCCCGUCCCCUCUGCUGGCUCUGUGCACCUUUCUAGUUGCAGAAAAGCAUGCUGGGGACCGGUCCCCCUGGAAGCCCUACCUGGAGGUUUUGCCGAAGGCCUACACCUGCCCUGUGUGUUUGGAGCCGGAAGUGGUGGCUCUUCUCCCCAGGCCUUUGGAAGCGAAGGCCAGAGAGCAGAGGACGCGUGUACGUGAGCUGUUCACUUCCUCCCGCGGCCGCUUCUCCUCCCUGCAGCCUCUGCUCUCCGAGGCCGCGGCCAGCGUCUUCAGCUACAGGGCCUUCCGGUGGGCCUGGUGCACGGUCAACACCAGAGCCGUGUACAUGGAGCGGGGCCGGAGGCAGGGCCUGUCCGCGGAGCCAGACACCUGCGCGCUCGCCCCGUACCUGGAUCUGCUGAACAACAGCCCGGCCGUCCAGGUGAAAGCAGCAUUUAAUGAGGAAACCCGCUGUUACGAAAUCAGGACGGGCUCGGGCUGCAGGCGGCACGAGGAGGUGUUCAUCUGCUACGGCCCCCACGACAGCCGGCGGCUGCUGCUGGAGUACGGAAACCUGACGUUCGGAUGGGACGGGCCGUCCUGGAGGCUGCUCACGGCCCUGAAGCUGCUGUGUCUGGAGGCUGGAGAAUUUCCUCGCUGGAAAAAGGUCCUUCUUGGGGAGAGAAUUUCAGAUACAAAUGAGAAGACGAGUUUGGACGUCGCCCAGAAAAUAUGCCGUUAUUUCACAGAGGAAGCUAGUGCUAUGCUUCAAAAGGUUUCUCACAUGAAAGAUAAAGAAAUGGCGUUGAUACACCAGCUCACUUUGGUGGAAACGUUGUGGACAGAAGAGCUGAAGAUCCUCCGGGCAUCUGCUGAGACCCUGAGCGGUUUGCAGGCCGCUGUUCGUGACUCACCCACGUGCCUCCGAUCGCCUCCCCCGCUGGGUGUCACCCCCUCUGCAGGGUGUGAUGCCGGAAACACUGUACACUGAGGUUCGUUUUACCCUGAAUCCUUUUUAGAUCUUGGCUCUGGAUUUACACUCUUCACAGCGUUUUCACGCCUGUUAAUAUUCAGGACCUGGGGGCGGGUGUCAGAGCAGAAAUCAUUCCACAGAAGCCAAGGCUGCUGCUUAGAAACACGGGACAUUGUCGAAGCACAAGACGAUGCGGUGUUCCCUUCCGGAGCCUCUGGGCGCAGGACGAGCAGCUUCCACUUCGCCCAGCUGAACAUGCCGGGUCUCCAAGCGCCACAGCUGCCGGGGUGUGGGAGGCAGGAGAGGGAGUACUACCAGCCGCCGCCCGUCAUCUUUCAAUGCAGCAGCCCAUGCUGAGUAUGGGUUAAUCCCAAGCUCAAGUGCACGAGUUCUCGGCUCAGCCGGUCAGGGCCACGUGAGCGGCAGAACACACGGUGCUCGCCCUCAAGGCCUCCUGUGAGAACAAGCCCCACUCGCCCGCCUGCCCGCCCAGGCGUCUGAGGAGCAGAGCUGAGUCGGGCUCAGCAGUGAGCUGGAGACGCUUCCCUCUUCGUCCACUGGGUGGCGCGAGAGGCCCGCCGAGCCGGAGGGCUGGCUCCUCAAAAGCAGGCAGUUGUGUUCAGGUGGGAGUGGGAUCUGGACAAAGCAAAGCGACUGUGCUCCUGGGACAGAACGCUGGUGUCCCUGCUCUCCUGGGGCCUUGGCCUCCUUGGGUGAGAACAGGCAGCUACACAGCAGUUCAGGGCGAAGGGGCCUGGCCAGGGGUGAGGCUCAGAGGUGAGGGUCGGCGGUGGGGGGCAGGUGAUAAGACGCAGGACUGCCUGUCUGCCUACGACAGGCCAUAGGAAAUGUCAGUAUGGGGCACUUUUUCUCGAGCAGAAGAGAAUGCCUCAUCGCAGGGAGAGGUUUUAGUUCCAUGUCUUCGAGAGCAGGCAGACAGGUCCUGGCCAGACAGACAGGAAGGCUCACUUCCAAGGGUGUAAACUGAGCCCCCACCCAGAAGGGGGUCUGCUCCUGUGAUGGCUUCUGCCAGGUGUGUCCGGAGCCGGGAAGGAGCCUUCCUCUGACGGGCUGGCCGUCCGUCCUUAAAGGCGUGCGUUUGACGUGAGGACAGAGCCUCAAGGUCGAGGGGAGCGUGCCCAGUGUCCUUGGACUCCUGCAUCCACGUUGACUGACAGGCUCUGAUCCCAACCGGCUGGUGACAGGCGUGAGGUGGCCCCGCACAUCGCACAGUGACGAUGCGGCGGCCUCGUUUGAAACGAUCUCUUGGGUCUGCUGGGCCGUCCCAGGGCCCCGUUGUCUGUCCUCAGGUGGAGACUCGCUCACCUUACAGGCCCUUGGACCCUCUGUGCCACCUCUCCGUGGAUGCACGUCCCGGCCUCGCCUCGAGCGGGCGGCAUUCCAUGCAGAGCGCCUGCAGGGCCUGGCGAGGCCCCUGCUGCAGGCUUGAAGGUUCCCCUGGAACUGGGCACGGAGAGAGACCCACACGUGGCCGUCGGUCUGAUCGGAGUUGCCUGACGGUGGCGGCUGUUUGUCUGGAAGUGAUCUUGCUGAGGAGGUCGGGUGGGGUCAGGCGCUGUUUCUGAUGUGGUUUAACGUGCAGGUGAGGCUGGGAGCCAUGGCUCACGUGGGCUCGACAGGAGCUGUGAGAGGAAGGAUUCCGUCUCCAUUCAGGAGCAGGAGCAGGGUCCUGGCAGGGCCACGGAGCCCAUCUUCUUCCUUAUAAUCUGUCGUGGCAGGAGCCCCGGAGCUCACCUACAACCCGCUCCCCACGGCGGUCUGCAGCCAGCAGCGCCCGCGCCCCGGGAGCUCGCCUGUUAGAAAGGAGACUCACACCCUGGGCCUGCCGCGUCCAGUCUGCCCAGUGAUGGACGUCAGAAACGCUGCCUCGGGCCAGCUCUCCCACAUCUCCAGGGCCCGCGUGGGUGCGGGGCCAGCUCGGUGCCAGGCUGUGCCAUCCAUGCACGGAGUCCUCCUUGCCGGGCACCGUUCUCUCGAUGGGUGGGGAAAGCCUGGCUCAGGGGCCGGGGGCGAAGUCCCUGCCACAGUCAGCAGAGCCCGGGCUGAACCGAAGCAUCUCUGCGUAGACACCUUUGCAGCAGACGUUUCCGCGCAGACAUUUCUGCCUCAUAACUAACGGGCUGUGAGGCUUUUCUGCCGUAAGAGACAAUGACUGGCUGGCAGGUUUGUUGUCUGGCUUUAUUUCUCUGUUGACAAGCAGUCAGGUGCCGUAAAAGAGAUAAAAAUAGCUGCUUGCGAUUUGCUUUUCUUGUUUUGCUUCAUUUCUCCGUGGAUGAGGUUCUCACAGUCGCUCCUGUUUUAGGUUAGGUCACGUGUAGCUCUCAGCCAGCCCUUCACAUCGUUGGCACUUCUCCCCGAUGACAUGACUUCCCCAGGAGUUGGGGUCUCGUCCUGCAAGAGGACACGGGGAGGAGGAAGCGAGGCCAGGCCCCGAGGGCAGAGCCGGGCCCACGGCUCCCACGAAGGAGAAAGUGCUUCGGUGCCGUCCGUGGAACAGAGUCUGCUGUUUGUGCGGUGUUGCCAUGACUACAGUUUAAAUGUAGUCACAUAGUCUGCAUCCCACAGGAAACUUGAAUUUUGUUUUUCAUCUCUUCACGUUUCAUUAUGCCCUUCCAAACGUCCCUCUUUUCUGUUUCGUGAUUUUACCUUUUUAAUGGUAAAAGGUGACCAGUUAUGUGGCGAGGAGGUUUGCUGCAGGGAUGCGGUGGCCACGGUAUGGGCCAGAGCAUGUGGUGGGACGGACUUCUCCUGGCCCAUUUCUGGCCGCCGGGGUUCUAGCGGAGGAGGACACUUGGGGGGCUGGGGCGUGGGGAGGACCGGGCAGUGCCCUCUGCGCUGGCCGUGCCCGUUCUGUCCUGUGCUUCGGUCCCCGCAGCCGGCUGACAUGCUGCAGGCUCACAGGUGGAUGGAGCCGGCGGGGCUGCGGCAGUCUGGGGUCUGGGGGUGAUUUCAAGGCCUUGUGGGCGCCAUUAGGUCAGAUUUGUGCAGAGUGACGGAGCAGCCCCGGUGCCCUUCCUUUCUUUAUUGCGUGUUUUCUUUGUGAGGGGAAUAAAGAGCCGACUGCCUUUUAAGGGACAGGAACACUGAGUUUUGUCUUCCCAUCCCAUUACUGUCAGACAAGUCACCUGAGAACUCGGGUCACAUGGUCCGGCUUCAGGAGCGGCGCUCCCGAGAGGACGGCUCAGGGGCUCCCAGCAGACCGAGAAGAAUGCCUUUUAUCAUGUUCUGGUCUCUACCUCCCACUGUUUUAUUUCCCUUCCAGCAUCACUCAGCCCAAAUGGUAUUUGUCAGGAGUAAUUGGCGAGCGCCGGAGGCUGUGUUCAGUCUGCUUGAAUGGAAAAUCUCAAAGCGGUUGUCAUGUUGAAAGAAAAUACUACAUUUGAUCUUUUUUAUGAUUUCUGCAGACAUGGUGCGUGUCUGCAUUUUUAGCCUCCUGGCCCCUGUACAUUUGGGGGAAACGCCCUGCAGGAAGUAGCCCUUGGCAGUUCAUUCACCUUCUGCGGAGAAGUAACCCCGCACACGGGGAGUCACUUAGAAACAUGAUUUAUUUCCAUUAGGGGCUCCGGAGCCGCUGGCGUGCAGGUUGCUGGACACCCACCCAGGACGUAGGGCUUCGCGUCUCGUGUCCGUUCCUGCGAGGAUGUUUAAUCUUCUGGAUGAAACGGUGCCUGAGGGCGGUGGCAGCCAUCCUCCAGCCCUGCGCCGACCGGCCUCUCGCUGCCCCUUCCCGGGCAGGACGUCGGGCCCCCGGGGGAGACUCCUGGUCAGAGAGCAGAGCGGCGAGGCCGAGAGAGAGGCCGGGCAUGCAGACGGCCUCGCAGACGGUCCCCAGCACGGUGCACAGGACACAGUGUGGCGGCUUUCCAGGGGCACACAACCCCAUCGCAGGCACCUUCCUCCGUGUUCCCACGUGUAUCCACACACACCCUGAGGAGUACCCUCGCUGCGGCAGGUCGCAGAGCCGUGGGACAGACGCACCACCUCUUGUCUAGGGCGCUGGGCUGCUAAGUCAUGAGUCAUGAGUCACCACCGUGUUGUAGAAAACUCUAGAUUGGGGGUCAGCAAACUGUAGCCACUCCCUGUGUUUAUAAAUAAAGUUUUUUAAAAAUGG